GGGCUUCAGUUCUACCCAAGCCCACUUAAUCAUAAACAAAUUUUAUCAUACUAAUUCAUGAAGUUUUAUAAUGUUUGAUUCCAGUGGGAAAUCAACAGACCUUCUUGCUUUAUGGAUAACCGGAAAUCUGUCGUGAUCCGCCUGACAUUCGGUGUUGUCACCCAGUGCUGGUGCAGUUUCAUCACAUUCCCGCUAUAUGUUAUCGUUACACAGAUGGGUUCAACGUUGAAGAAAUCAGUAGUUUCUGAACAUGUGAGACAGUCACUUUCUAAAUGGCGGAGACGAGUAAAGGCAAAGCGAAGUUCUUCUUUACUUACACUCGUCAACGCAACAUCUACCACGUCGUUAGAUUCUUUGAUCGAUGAUACAAACAAAACCGAUGACUUCGCCGCCCCACCAAGCAGCAUGGAAGGAAGCUCUUCAACAUUCAAAGAUACAGUCCUGCAACAAGAUACAUCAGAGGCAGGAGGUCCAAUAUUUGAAAUAUCACCAUAUGAUGGCAACUUAGAGGUUCCAUAUUACUCAGAUCCUGAGCACUACGACAGAUUUGAGUGAUGAUGAUCAUUGAUGAGGACCAU